AUGCGGCUGCAGGAGCCUUUCGAGCGUUGGAGAAGCAUUAUUGAAGCGUCUUUCCCCGACCUAGGAAAGUACUCAUCGAUCUACAAAGAUCUCCAUGAACACCCUGAGCUUCCUUGUCAAGAAGCGCGUACCGCCGCUACUGUGGCAAAUCACCUGGCAGCUCUGGGGUUUCACGUCCAGAAAAACAUUGGCGGCUAUGGACUUGUUGGUACAUGGGCCAAUGGUAAUGGCCGGAAAAUCAUGUUACGGUCCGAAUUGGACGCUCUUCCAAUGAAAGAAAAGACUGGACUUCCCUAUGCUAGUGAGGUAAAGCAGGUCGACGUAGAUGGAUAUAUGAAACCGGUCAUGCAUGGGUGCGGGCACGACAUGCAUAUGGCAAGCCUUCUGGCUGCUGCGGAGUUAUUGCAGAGGAUCAAGCAACACUGGACCGGAACUUUGAUGUGCAUCUUCCAACCGAAUGAAGAACGUUUCUUGGGUGCACAGGCCAUGAUUGAUGAUGGACUUUUCGAUAAGAUUCCACUUCCGGACAUUUUGCUAGGACAGCAUGCAGUACCUACAAGAGCAGGCACGAUUGGCAUUCGUGCUGGUCGUGUCUUGGGAUUUCUCGACUCGCUCAAUGUUCGUGUGUAUGGAAAAGGCACCCAUUCGUCAACACCCGAGUCAGGAGUCGACCCUAUCCUGAUGGCUAGCUGUAUCAUCUCACGUUUGCAAAUGGUAGUGACCCGAGAAAUCGGUCCCAAGCAACCUUGUGUCGUCACCUGCGGCACAUUCCACGCCGGCACCGAUGCCAGUAUCAUCCCGGAGUAUGCCGAUUUCAAAGUUGACGUUCGCUCUCUCGACAUGCAUGUGCAGCUUACUGCCGUCAAAGCCGUCAAGCGGAUCAUCAUCAAGGAGUGCCAAACAUCCAAUGCUCCUAGGGAGCCCCGUAUCACCACGACUGCGAGCUGUCCGCCUGUCGACAACGACGAGGAUUGUACGCGGAGAUUCGAAGCGGCGCUGCGCAGCUUUUACGGCUCCGAAGCUCGGGAGAAGAUCAUUUCUAUGGAUCUCGAUGUGACAUCGGAUGAUUUUGUCCUACUAGCGCAUCCGCCGGGGAAGCCUCAGAUACCAUACGUCUAUUGGAACUUUGGCGUCACGCCGAGGGUUUUAUAUGACAGAGCUGAACGUGAAGGCACACUGAAUGAUCUACCGAUCAAUCACAGUCCUAUGUUUGCGCCAGAGAUCGUACCGUCACUGCAAGCUGGCAUUGAAGCCUGGGCACUAGCUGCAAUGUUGUUCUUUGGCGAUCAUUGA